GCCGCACCGGGGAGGGGGGCCCGGGGCCGGCCUUCCCUGUUCCGGCUUUCCCGGGGACCCUGUGCUGCUCUCGGAGAGGAGACCGCGUCCUGGCCCGUGAGAAGGGACCCGCGGCCGCUGCCGAGGCCCUGCGGUGCGGACGGGGGGGAGUUAAGGCCGGCGCUGGGAGCUGCGAUCCCCCGCACCAGGCCUGGUCCCGGACUGGGUCCUUGCACCCCUGUGCCGGAGGCGAGCCGCGCACAGAGCCCAGCCUGGGCUCCCCGUGACCUGCAGCCACAGCCAUGGGAUUGUUUGACAAGCUGGCAGGGUGGCUUGGCCUGAAGAAGAAGGAGGUUCACGUCUUGUGCCUUGGCUUGGACAACAGCGGCAAAACGACGAUCAUCAAUAAACUUAAACCUUCAAAUGCUCAAACUCAGGACAUCGUUCCAACAAUAGGAUUCAGUAUAGAGAAAUUCAAAACUUCAAGUUUGUCUUUCACAGUGUUUGAUAUGUCAGGUCAAGGGAAAUACAGAGACCUCUGGGAACACUACUACAAAGAAGGCCAAGCCAUUAUUUUUGUCAUUGAUAGCAGUGACAAAUUAAGAAUGGUUGUGGCCAAAGAAGAACUUGACACCCUUCUGAAUCAUCCAGACAUCAAGCACCGCCGGCUGCCUAUUCUCUUCUUUGCUAACAAGAUGGACCUCAGGGAUGCAGUGUCAUCUGUGAAAGUGUCUCAGCUGCUGUCCUUAGAAAACAUCAAAGACAAGCCCUGGCAUAUCUGUGCCAGUGAUGCUCUUAAAGGAGAAGGAUUACAAGAAGGUGUGGAUUGGCUUCAAGGUCAGAUGCAAGCAAUGAAGACAUGAGAGAUAAAUAAAGGAUCUAUGGGGUUCUUUUACACCUUUUGUCAGUAGGUGAAGAACAAGUUCCUUGGAAAGGAAGAAUGCUUUGAAGAAGAUGAACAGUUCAGCUAAAAUAUCCUGUAUUGACUUGUUUGAGUUUAGUUUCUCUUCCACAAAAACUGAAUGUAGGCAGCCUAGCACCUCAGGUAUGCACAUUGAUGAAUUAAAUUGAAUCUUGUGACUGGAGAGCAUAUACAAAAAAAUAUUUGUGUUAACAAUAAACAUCUGCAUUCAUUUGAGGUUUAGGUGAUAAUUAGCCAUCAGUAAAUGCCCCUGUUUUUUGGGGGGACAUGUUUUGAGCAAAUGGGAAUAUUUAUUUUCUAGAGAAAGAGUAAUCAGCACUUCCUGAAAUCCAUCUGCAUAAGAUACCUACUGAUUUUAGAUGCCCAGUUUUAGGCAUUACUGGCAUUUUUUUUAUAUUGAAGUUUGAUGUUGGGUUUUUAUUAUCCAUCUCUAAUAUACUUCUAUAAGAGUAUUUUGAUUAAAGAUAUAAGGAUUCAAGUGUUCAGUAUAUUUGUUAUAGAUGAUUGCAGAUGUUUUUAAGAAAUUGCUUUUAAUGAAAUAUUACUACUUGGUUUUUUUUGUGAUUAUACCAUGGUUAUAUUUGCAUUCCCAUCAAUAAAACUUCAAAUAUAUGACAUGCCCUGAUUGGGUUUUUUAACUUCAAUAUGCUCAUUAAUGGUCUUUACAUCCUAGAGAUUUCUGGUUUUCUAUUAAUUUCAUUUGGAAUUUGUUUAUCCAUAUUCAAGUGGAUAUAGCACUGUAUAUGUAAUAAAAUGGUAUCUCUGUUGCCAAGGGGUUUUUUUUAUUAAUUGCAUAUAUUUUUUACACUACCUAAUCCACUAGACUUCUCUUCCAGAUACUUGAGGAGCAUGUGAAUCACAGGAUGGGUUACACUGGAAGGGCCCAACCUCCCUGCUCAGGCAGGACCAUCCAGAGCACGUGGCACAGGAUUGCAUCCAGGUGGCUCUGGAAUAUCCCCAGUGAGGGGGACUCCACAGCCUCUCUGGACAGUCUGUUCCCAUGCAUGGUCACUGCACAGGAGAGCUCUUCUCAUGUCCAGGUGGAACUUCAUGUUGUCAUGUCAUGUCAGAAACACAGUUAAGGGACAGCUCACUGGUUUACUAGAUCGUUAUUAUGAAAUGUGUUAUAUACUUCUCUUGUGUAUAAAGACUGUUUUACUUCCAAAAAUAAAUUUAAUAAACUUUCUGGCUCCAAAGUGUA